CUUUAUAACCUCUGCCCUCCACCCGCUAGCCAAGCUGGUGUGUGUGUGUGUGUGGGGGGGCACACCCUCCCCCCUUCGUUUCUGGGCGUGUCUCUGACUCAGCUCAGGGUACCCCUCUCCCCUUGCCCUGCUCCCCAAACCGGUCGGGGCCCUUCAAAGGCUUCAUUAGAGGGGAGAGGCCCCUCGCUCCCUUCUCAGGCUCGCAGGAUUCCCAGGCUGGGGCGGCGGGGAGGCGCUUGCACCCAAGUGACCGUGACGCCCGGCUCCCGGCCAGUGCGGAAGGGGGCGCUGGAGGCGGGGCGGGCGGGGGUCGCGGAGCCCGGGGCUCCCGAGGGUGGAGGCUUUGGGGCCGUCGGGCCGGGAGGGCCGGAUACCGCGGCCGCGGGCGGGGCGGCGGGUGGCUGCCUACUCCCUCCGGAGCUGUCGGACCUGUUGUCCCCCCCCCCACUUCCGGGCUGCGGGGCGGGGGCACCGCGCCCUCCUCCAGCCACCUGUUCGACUCGUAGGCCGCGGGCACAGAAGGGAGCGCGCCGACGCGGGAGCCGGAGCUGGAGCCGCUCCCGCCUCCGAGGGCGCGUUCCACGCGGAGCCUGGGACGCCGAGCCCCGCCCACACUCCCGGACCACGCCCACACAACUCGGGGGUCACGCCCACACACCGACCACGCCCACGCAUACAAGCCCCGCCCCGCCCCGGCUGGACAUGGGUCUACCCAGCCCCCCAGAUGACGGGCCCCCGCCGCCCGCCGCCCCCCAGCCCGAAGCGGAGGGCCCACCCCCUGGGGCUGCCCAGCCCCCCGAGGACCCCCGUGAGCCCGAGGCCCGGGCGGCGCUGCCCAGAGGCCGAAGCGCAGAGCAGGAGGCCGAGGAAGAGGAAGAAGUGGGAGAAGGGAGCAGCACUGAGAGCAGCCGCGACGCGACGGAGGCCCCGCCCCCCCGCCAGGCCCUGGCCCCGCCCCCCGUGUCCUCCCCGCAGGGAGAUGGGGUGCGAGGGGCGGCGCGCAGGCUCCGCGCGCAGCGGCUGGAGGCCCUGACACGCGUGGCGCUGAUGGAGCAGCGCGUGAAGGAGCUGCAGCGCCAGAGGAAAGAGCUGAGGAUCGAGAUGGAGGUGGAGGUGGCCCUGCUGAGGGGCGAGCUGGCGGGGGAGCGAGUGGCCGCCCGGAAGGAGGAGGAGCAGCUGCGGGAGCUGCUGGGCCGGCAGGCGGUGGAGAUGCCUGGCAGCAGCGAGCAGCGGGAGCAGGAGCAGAGGCGGUUGAGUCAGGAGCGGGCCCGAGUGGAGGGACUUCGCCAGAGACUCCGGGAGGCGCAGGAGCGACUAGACUCACAGCCAGAGGAUCAGCGGGAGCGCCUGCUGCAGGGGGUGCAGGAGGUGACGGAGCAGCUGGACGCAGCCCAGCGGGCCUAUGAGGACCUGGAGUUCCAGCAGCUGGAGCGGGAGAGCCGGCAGGAGGAAGAGGAGGAGGAUCCGGACAGCCCCGGCGCCCAGGCCCCUGACCCCAGGGUCCAGGAGCUCCAGGCCAGUGUGGCACAGCACAAGCGACGGAUCCAGGUCUUGGAGGAGCAGCUGAAGUCACUGGGGGAGCAGAUGGCAGCUGAGAGCCGCGGGCUGAGCCGGAAGAAGGAGGAGGCGGUGCAGGCCCUGGCGCAGGAGCGGAAUCGACUGCUCGAGCUGAACUGCCUGCAGGGAACCCCAGACGGGGACUUCUCUGAGCCCAGCCAGGCCCUCACCAAGCUCCUGUUCACCCAGAAGACAGACCGCCAGUUGCUGGUGCUGCAGGACCCUGCCACCCACACUGCCGCCUCCUCUUCCUGCCUCUUCUCCGUCCACAGCUCCCUGCAGGGUGCCAUUGGCGUCCAGAGGACUGGAAGCCUGCCCCGGAAGAGAGGGGAGAGGGCCAGCCAGAAGGGGUCCCCCCGCCCAUUGUCUCUCCACUGCACUGGACCCGUGGAGGCCUCAGCUCUCCCACCACCUGUGGACUCAGGGAGACACCCCCUCUAUCAGCUGCUGAACUGUAGCCCCAGGAACGGCUGUGGGGCCCUCCACCCCGACAUCGCCCGCAUGGAGCGGCUCCUGCAGCAGGCGGUGGCUGAGAGGGAGCGGCUGCUCAAGGCCAGGGAAGGGACGAGAAGGAGCACAGAAGGUUCCUCAGGCUCCAUGGUUCCUGCCAUCAUGGCCCCGCCCCCGCCUCCACCCCGCCCUCCGGGCCCUCGGGUUCUGGAUCUCAGGCAGCACCUGGAACGAUGGGGCCACAAUCCAGAGAACUGCCCGCACCUCCGGGUUUCGGGGGGCUGCUGCCGGGGACCCCUGGUGAAGAUGGGGGGUCGCAUCAAGACCUGGAGGAAGCGGUGGUUCUGCUUUGAUCGACAGGCCCGCCGCCUGGCCUACUAUGCAGACAAAGAAGAGACCAAGCUCAAGGGCGUCAUCUACUUCCAGGCCAUUGAGGAAGUCUAUUACGACCACUUACGCUGUGCCUUCAAGAGCCCCAGUCCUCGCCUGACCUUCUGCGUCAAGACCUAUGAACGCCUUUUCUACAUGGUGGCCCCCAGCCCGGAGGCCAUGCGCAUUUGGAUGGAUGUCAUUGUGACAGCAGCUGAUGAGAACCACGCCCCCUGAAAGGCCACGCCCCUUUGACGACAUCACUGCGAUGCCCCGCCUCUGUCAGUGAAAGCCACGCCCCUCUGGGCUCUCCUGGGAUCUCUGCUCUGCUGGCCUGAGCAGCUGCCCAUCUGGGCUGCAGGUGUCUUCUCCCCUGCGGGAAGCCAGCCCUGGGGGCCCUAGUCCGGGGAGGAGGAAGAGUGUGGGUGCGGGAUGAACUAUUUAUUGGUGCUCCUGUGAUACCGAAUAAAACACAAACGACAAACAA